AUGUCAUCCGUUGGUAGCUUAAUAACAAAAGUCCUUCCAAUUAUUAUCCAUCUCAUUGGCGUCCAUGCGGCGCCGCUUGAAACUUCAGGUGGAGAUUGUUUUGGAUCAUCUAUUUGCUCUACUCCACCCGACAAGGGAAUUAAAUUGGACAGUUCAGGCACUUUGAACGACCCGACGUCAGCGGUAUCAGACCUACUACAAACUACCGCAAACCUAAGUCCGUUGAUGAAAAUUGCGCUUGUGAUAGUUGGGCUUGUCACUAUCAUGGUUCUAUAUUGCUUGGCUUGGUCAAUGUACAAUUUAUGUGCCAGGGCACAGGAUAGCGCCAAUUCGGCCUCUCAUAGCAACUGUAUUAUAUGUAGCCGGAUUACUGUCAACGAAAGAAUUUCACAAUAA